GAGGAAGGAACUUGUUGCUCUUUUAAGCUCCAAAGUCUCCAAAUAGCCGAUUAAAGUAAACCCCCCAACUAACAUCAAACCCACGAAACCUAAUUCCUCUCUACAAACACACCUCUCAAAUUCAAUCUCAAGUUUUGUUCAAAGCUCCAAUUUUUUUAAUUCCAUUCAAUGGGUGAGAAGGAUUCAGAGACAGCUCCGAUUUGGGGGAAAACGCGACAGAGAGAGAGCAACAACAACAACAACAACGUACACCCGAUGGAUGUAGAAUCUGCUUCUCAAUCCGGGCAGCGUCGAUCUCUGAAUCAUAGCCGAAGUUCUUAUGAGGAAAGAGGAAGAGGGGUUAAGGAGUUUAGGAGCUGGUUCGCGUGGCUCAUUCCCUGUUUCGUUGUUGCUAACGUUGUCGUCUUCGCCAUCACCAUGUAUGUCAACAACUGUCCGAAAAAAUCUGGAGAUUGUUUUGCUGAUUUCUUGGGUCGGUUCUCUUUUCAGAACACAAGAGAGAAUCCUCUUCUGGGUCCUUCCUCUCUAACGUUGCAAACAAUGGGUGGAUUGGAUGUAAAGAAAGUGGUUAAAGGAGAUGAAGGAUGGCGUCUACUUUCUUGCAACUGGUUACAUGGAGGAGUUGUUCACUUACUAGUGAACAUGUUGACUCUUUUAUUCAUUGGUGUACGUAUGGAACGCGAAUUCGGUUUUAUACGGAUUGGAUUGCUUUAUCUGAUAUCUGGCUUUGGAGGAAGUAUAUUGUCAGCUCUUUUCCUCCGCUCAAACAUCUCUGUUGGAGCAUCUGGUGCUGUGUUUGGUUUACUUGGAGGAAUGCUCUCUGAGAUCUUUAUCAACUGGACAAUCUAUUCUAACAAGGUUGUGACCAUUAUAACUCUUGUAUUGAUUGUGGCGGUGAACUUGGGACUUGGGGUGCUCCCCGGAGUAGAUAACUUUGCACAUAUUGGAGGGUUUGCUACCGGUUUUCUUCUUGGAUUUGUGCUCUUAAUCCGUCCCCAUUAUGGAUGGAUCAACCAAAGAAACGCUCCUGGAGCUAAACCCCACAGGUACAAGAUGUAUCAAGGCAUAUUAUGGACCAUAUCUCUUCUCCUCUUGGUCACUGGGUUCAUUGUUGGAUUGAUCUCUCUCUUCAACAAUGUCGAUGGAAACGAACAUUGCUCAUGGUGUCAUUAUCUUUCAUGUGUUCCAACUUCUAAAUGGAGUUGUAACAGAGAACCAGCCUCUUGCACGACGACUCAAUUAGGUAACCAAUUGAGCAUGACUUGUUUGAGGAAUGGGAAAUCAGCAUCUUACAUUUUGGCAAAUCCCUCGGAUUCGGAGUCACGGAUUAAUAGCUUAUGUGUUCAGCUUUGCCGUUGAUUUACUUACAGAUUUUUAGAAUUUAUACAAAACACAAUCUACACUGUAUCUUCUCCUUCUCAUUUUUUUUCUCUGUUUAUUAUGUGUAUAGGAGCCUUCUUGUUAAAUAAAUAAUACAAUAUUUUCCUAAAUUAUUGUAUUUGAGUUUGAGAAGAGAUUUGCUAAGACAAAUUUGUU